AUGUCUAGCAACCAAAACAACACGCUUACCCCCGCCCAAGAAUCCGAUCUCGAUCAGUGGAUCGAUGAACAACUCCGCAGCGUAACUGUCGGACAAGCAGGAGAAUACCAUUUCGACAACGACCAAACUUCCUUUGACCGAGAGCCUAUGGAUAACUCAUCCUUCGCCCCCACUUCUGGGUCAGAAUGGGAGGAGAGUUUCCGGUACCUGAGCGAGUUUACUAAAGGAAGUGUCGGUACUGGCGAAGAUCUUCACCAGGAUCCUACCCCCAACACUCUGCCUUUGGAUACUCACGGCAUUCACGGCCUUCAGGUCAUGAAUGAGGAGCCACGUCCACAGAGCUACCUCCACCAGGAGUUUCAUCAGGGGCAAGGCUUUCAAACCCCGCCCCAUCAAACGGCACCUCAACUGAUGCACCCCUAUCAACAAGAGCCCUCCCAGGUCGAGUACUUCCAGCCUCAGUUUCCCCAGUCUGAAGCUACCCAACAACAGAUGGCUCAGCUCCAGCCUACCCACCUUGUCCAGCAUGCUCAUCCCGCUCAGCAUCAGGUAACAUCUCGAGGCCAAAGUAAUCGCACUCGUGGGUCGGCCACACCCGCAUUCCCAGUCUCUGAUCGCCGCGUUGAUCACCACGCUGAGAAACUACCUAGAAGAAUCCGCAUCUCAUCUCAACUCAAGGCCCGAAACCCACCAGAGGAAUGCGUUGUCAGCAAGCUCAAGGAGCAUAAGCGUGAAUAUCAAGGUUUCCUCAAUAGCCGUGAAUCCGCUGCCUUUUGGGGAAAUGUCUACCUCAACCUUUCGCGUCCUGAAAAUGCAAAGGUCACCAAUCCAAACAACGACGAUUCUUUUCCCAAGAGCGAUCUGGACUACCAGUAUCGCAUUCGUGAGGUUUUCGAGGCUAUCUGCGACUGGUCCAGUCCCCGAGAGUGGCGGGCAAAGAUGGGACCGGCGGCUGCGAAGAAGUGGAUGGAGGAAGUGAAGGCCCAUCAAAAGGAACAAAAUCUCCCAGAGAUUUCGGAAGAGGAUCUCAUUCCUCCUAUUGAGAAGAUGCCUCCUGUCGAGGAACAGUGGAGGAACGUCAUUCAUUAUGAUAUGUCAGACUUUGAGAUUGAGUUGCUCGGCUCCAGGAUCCUUAACCAAGCCAUACGCGCACAAAAGGGCGAGAACUUCUGCAACAAGGUCUUGAUUCAUUCGGCUCUUCGUGCCUCUUGGGUAUCACGAAUUACUAAUUCACCCGUCUCCGAGACUCGUCGCAAGGACCAGAACAAAGCCGGUAAUGACCGGAAGCGCACUCUCAUCGAGAAGGGCGGCAAUCCAGAGAAGGGCGGUAAUCCGGAGAAGGACACACCCAUCGAGGAGAGCGGUAAACCGCAGAAGCGCCGCCGAGUUUGA